AUGCCCGAAUUUAUCCCUCAAACGCCUGUCUCUGCCAGCGGAGUUCGGUUCUUCAACUGGCCCGGUGCUGGAGAGGAGAUUUCCGAGUCCCUCAAAAUGACACACGCUUGCGUCAUCCCCUCUAGCGCCUCGAUUAUCCAUGUCGUUGGCCAAGCUGAGAUCAGAAGUGACGGCACAGUUCCUUUUGAUUUGACCGAGGAGAUACGCGAAGCGUUUUCUCACAUCGAGCUCUCCCUCCGUGAAGCUGGUCUCACGGGCUCAAGCGAGGAGGUCUGGUCUUGUGUAUACAAGGUGAGGACGUAUCACGCCAAUACCGAUGCCGGAUUUGGCCUCACCCUGCACGGUGUCUUGUUGUAG